AUGGCUCCCAAAGACCUCAACCGCGGCGCCCCAGGCCUAGAAUACUUCACCCCCCAACACCUCACCUCGCCGGGCUCCCUCCCUCAAGCCGCCAAACCCACCCCAACACUCUUCCGGCCCCUGAAAAUCCGCUCCACCACCCUCCGCAACCGCAUCCUCCUCGCCCCCAUGUGCCAAUACUCCUGCGCCUCUGCCGGCCCAUCCACCGGCUGUCUCACAGACUACCACGUCGCAACCCUCGGGCACUACGCAUUAAAGGGCUCCACGUUAGUCUUCGUCGAAGCUACCGGCGUCACGCCCAACGGCCGCAUUUCUCCGAAUUGCCCCGGCCUCUGGAGCGAUGCGCAAAUCCCGGCUUUGCGCCGAGUCAGCGAUUUUGUCAAGAGCCAGGGCGCGCUGAUGGGCGUGCAGCUCGCGCAUGCGGGGAGAAAGGCGAGUACAUGUGCGCCCUGGAUUGCUGGCGCGCAGAAGACGCAGGGCGGGAAGAGGAAGGUUAGUCUGAGGGCCGGGGCGGAUGUGGGCGGGUGGCCGGGGGAUGUUGUUGGGCCGAUGGGCGGGGAGGAGUGGGCGUGGGAUAUGAAAAAGCAGGGCGAUGAGGAGUGUGGGUAUUGGGCACCGCGCGCGCUGUCGGAGGGCGAGGUCGGGGAGUUGGUCGAGGAGUGGGCGCGCGCGGCGGAGAGGGCGGUUAAAGCGGGUGUGGAUGUUAUCGAGAUUCACGCUGCGCAUGGUACGACAGAGUGGAUGGAGGAUACGGAUUUGGGCAAGAAAAAUGGCUCUUGGGAUGUCGAGAGCAGCAUCAGAUUGGCGAAGGUGCUGCCGGCGCUUGGUGUGGACUUGCUGGAUGCGAGUAGUGGUGGGAAUAGUCCGCUGCAGCGGAUCAAUCCUUUCAACUCGAUGGAUUAUCAAACGCUGAUUGCGUCUCGCAUUCGGUCGGAGGUUAAGAAAGAGGGCUUGAAGUUGUUGAUCGGCGCCGUGGGCCUCAUCACGGAAGCGGAACAGGCGAAAGACAUUCUCGAGGAGGGAGGAGCUGUAAAAGUACGCAAGGCAGACGCUGAGAUGGCGGAGGAAGUGCGGGCUGCGGUAGGCAUGACGGAAGGACAGGAUGGAAAGGAGCCAAUGGCUGAUGUCAUUCUGGUCGCGAGGCAGUUCAUGCGAGAGCCCGAAUGGGUGCUCAAAGUUGCAUGGCAACUGGGUGUGGACGUUGCAUGGCCGAAUCAGUUCUUGAGGCACCUGCUCUUCCUGCUCCCCAAUCUUCAGCUUAAGCACGUUCGUACCCAGCUUCGAGAUACCGAGUACGCCACCGAGACAGUUGGUGGCAAACUCCCCGUCGUCAGUGCGUUCAUGGAAGCGCGACCGGAAGAAGCGUUCACCACGCGGCAGUGGAGUGAAUGCGGUUGUGAGUACUGCGACAGAGGUGCUGUUUGUGUUGAGGAUGUCGUUGUAUGCUCUCCGCAAGUCUUCAUGCGAUGA